AGCUGCUUCAGCUUCAAUUUAGUUUGAAGAGACCAUUGGUUUCUGAGUCCGUCAGAAACUGUAGAUUGAAUCACGCCAUGGCUUGCAUGGCAUCACCCGUGGCAAUCCGCCAUCCAUCACCGGUUCUGACCAUGGUGAAUGUUGUCACAGUGCCAAAGAGCCAGGCACCACAAAUCCAUGUGCCAGUUUCACCUGUGCCAAGCGCACGCAGCACAGCCUUACCGCAGCGUAGUCCCCAUGCAAUGAGCAACAAGACUCUGGGUCACUACAUUCUUGGAAAGACCAUUGGCGAAGGCACCUUUGGCAAGGUGAAGCUGGGAAGGCACAUCUUGACGGGUGAGCGAGUGGCGGUGAAAGUCUUGGAGAAGGAUCGGAUCCAAGAGGUCGCUGAUAUCGAGCGCGUGGCUCGGGAAGUGCAACUUCUGAAGCUCAUCAGGCAUCCACAUGUGGUGCAGCUCUUUGAAAUCAUUGAGACAAAGGGCCAGCUUUAUCUCAUCAUGGAAUAUGCUUCUGGUGGGGAGCUCUUUGACUACAUUGUCCAGCACCAGCGUGUCCCCGAGGUGGAUGCUUGCUGUUUUUUCCAUCAAAUCAUUGCUGGAGUGGAGAAGAUUCAUCAACUGAACGUGGUUCAUCGGGACUUGAAGCCCGAGAACCUGCUACUGGACGAGCACAAAUGCAUCAAGAUCGUUGACUUCGGCCUCAGCAAUCGCUUUGAGCCGAACCAGCUGCUGAAGACAGCCUGUGGCUCGCCAUGCUAUGCCCCACCCGAGAUGGUUUCUGGGCAAAGCUAUGUUCCGCAGAUGUGUGACCUUUGGAGCUGUGGCGUCAUCCUUUUCGCGAUGGUGUGCGGUUUUCUGCCCUUCGAGGAUUCCAACACUUCGGCACUUUAUAAGAAGAUCCUCUCCGCCAACUACAGCCCGCCCUCCUUCAUCAGCGAUUCGGUGAAGGAUCUCAUUGCUGGCCUUCUCACGGUGGACCCUGCCAAGCGUUUUACAAUUGCGGAUGUUCGUGCACAUGCCUGGUAUCGGCAAAUUCCAGAGGCAUCUAUGCGACCAAGAGACUUGGUGGCGAAGCAAUGUGGCUUGGACGAAGAUGUGCUCGAAGAGUUGAAGCGACAUGGCUUUCCGCGUGAGUAUGCCAUCAAUUGCCUUCAGAACAACAAGCACAACAGCGUGACCACCACGUACUAUUUGCUUGCAGCUAAACGCCGCAGGAUGAUGGAGCAUUUGCAGAUGGAGGAACGCAAUGCCGAAGAGCGCCGUGCCGCUUCACCUGCCACACGGCCAGGGGCCUCCACUACGGACCAAAGGCCAGAGGCAGAACAACGCAGAGAGAGCAGUGGAGGUGUUGCUCAAGACACCACACAUAAAGUUGCAUCUCGGUUGGUGACAUCACCACAUCAAACCCACCGAGUCACCACACCAACCACGGCGCAGGCUUCUACUCCCAACUCAUCUCGCAUGAUUGUCAGUCCGGAGACUGUGUCCCGUCCAUGCUCGGCUACGCAGGCAAUAUCCAUGCAGACUACCCCGAAGACGACUCACACUCGUGUGUCGCAAGACUCCGCUCGUGCACAGGCUUCCAGUCCCAAUUCAUCUCGCAUGAUUGUCAGUCCGGAGACUGUGUCCCGUCCAUGCUCGGCUACGCAGGCAAUAUCCAUGCAGACUACCCCGAAGACGACUCACACUCGUGUGUCGCCAGACUCAGCACGAGCGCAGGCGUCCACUCCCAACUCAUCUCGUAUGAUUGUCAGUCCGGAGACUGUGUCCCGCCCUUGCUCCGCUACGCAGGCUGUUCGGCUGGAGAAGUCCAACCGCUCCAGCACCGUCCCUGUCUCUCGUCGCGUGGUGGGUGCAGGAACCGCACCCACAGCACCCAGCACCCCACGACAGCCAGCUCGAGGAGCAGUGACAGAAGUGGACGAAAAACGUUUUACCAUUGUUGACGCACGCUAUGCUCGACCUAUGAUGGUGAACACUCGAGUGGCCGGGUCCAAUCGCGUGCAAGUGUCACGGGUGGUUGCGACAGGAGCUCCACCAACUCCACGCCAGCCAGUGACCAGAGGCGUGGCUGUGCAAGCCCACAUGGCUUAUCCGACAGCUUGGGUGUAUGGCGGUCGCAUUCCGUGAUGGCAACUCAAGAAGUCAAAGAAGUCAACUGAAUCGGCGUGUCCGCCGUGUCUGCUGUGUCCGCGGGCUUUGAGCCAAAGGUUCUCAUACCGCGACGAAUCUCUAGUCUCAGACACAUCUGAUUUCAGGAGCGCCCCUAGUAGCUUCGUGCUCCUAGUUGCGAUGCUCUUUGUUACUAGUAGCUUCUUGUCU